AUGCUUCAGGAAACUAGACAAUUUGAUUGGCCUCUUACAUAAGGCUAUAAUUUUAUUUAAAAAAAAAGAGAUUGUUAGAAUGGAGGUGGUCUAGUAAUAGGUGUGGAUAAAUAAUUUACACUUAGAGAUUUGACUCACCUUAUACCAAAUGAUCUAAACUAAGAAAAUCAAAUUGAAAUGAUAUUAGCUUAGGCUUCACAUGCUAUAUGUGAGUUAUACUUAAUAAAUUUGUAUAUUCCUUACCCUAAACAACUAAAGAAAGGAGCCUUAAAUUAACUUUAACAAUGGAUAACUUAACUAUUAGAAUCAAAAGAUAGUUUAUUCAUAAUAAGCGGAGACUUAAAUCAAAAAACUAAUUUAUUUCCUUAACUCAAUCAAUUAGUCGAUCCUCAAUAACCUACUUUAAUAGCAAGUAGAAAUUAGAAAUUUUUUAAGUCUGAUUGGAUUUGGUCUAAUUAGUAAUUUAGAUGGAACUCAAAAACAAGCUUUUACCUUGAGGCAUCUGAUCACUCUAUUAUUGAAACUGAAUGCAUGUUACCAUUUUAACCAAAAGUCUAGCAGAAAUUUUUAAUUCCUUUUAAAUAAGGAUCAUUUAAUUUAUGUUUCAUAGCAAGUAAGUAGAGCAAUAAUUCAUUAAGCUUCAUUGAAAGAAUUAACAAACUCCGCAAAUUUAUUAAGCAUAAAAAAAGCAUAAGAUUAACCAUUAGGAAAAGGUAGGAAUAAAAGUUCACUUGGUAACAUUUCAUUUAAUAAUGUGAAUCUUACAUAAGAACUUCUAAGUCUAAACAUGGGUGGAAAAUUGUAUAAAGAUUAUCAGUAACGCAUCCAUAAAAGAGAGACGGAGGUUUAAUGACGAGCUUUCUGAACGACGAAGGUAAAUUAACUGUAGGGCAUGAAAAUAUAAUAAAUAAUUGUUUAAGUAAACUGACUGAGUUAUCAGGAUAAAUGUGUAACACUUAAAAUCUUAAACUGCCUUUACCUAACCUCUCACCUUUAAAUGACGAAGAAAUUAAAUUACUCUAAUUAAAAAUAAAUGAUAAUAAAGCAAUAACCUUGGAUGGAUAUAGCUUAUAGUUUUUUAGAAGUAACAAUAAUGUAAAUGUAUUAAAUGAUUGGUGGUGUCAAGAUGUGGUAAAUAAAUUAGGGGAAGCGAUUUUUGCUGCAAGGUUGAUACCCUUAAAUAAGGUCUUCCCAAAUAUACCAAGUGCUGGAGACUUCAGACCUAUUACAGUGACUUCUCCAGCCUAUAAAUGGUUAGAAAAUAGGUUCAGUACCAAGAUUUAGUAGUAUUUAAAAGAAAGGUUAGACAGAAAUCAAACUGGAUUUAUAGAAGGAUGCGGAACAGGUUUAAAUAUAUUUAUGUUGAUAAAUAAAAUUUAACAAAUGAGAAAAAAAGAUGCAGUAGGAGCUCUCUUCAUAGAUUUCAAAUCAGCUUAUAACACAAUUUGCAGAGAUAGACUAUUUAAGAUCUUAUAAGACAAAGACAUUCUUAAUUUAGAAGAAAGUUAAUUUCUAAGAUAUCUGUAAAAUAACUUGUUUUAUUAAACUAAAUCUUAGAAGGUAUAUUUAAGAGAUGGUGUGAUUUAAGGCUCUUCCUUGAGUCCUGGACUAUUUAAUAUUUAUAUGGAGGAUGUAAUGAAGACCUUAAUCUCUUAAGUAUAAUCACCAAUUUGGUAUAAGGUAUACGCAGAUGAUUUGGUGAUAAUAACUUAGAUUUAACAUUUAAAAAGGGUUAUUCAAUAGCUUAGAUAAAUUUGUUUAGAAUAUAAGCUUAUAAUUAACAAUAAUAAAUCUGCUGUUUUACCAUUAAAAAACUAUCAAAUUGAUAGUAAUUCUAUUGAAGGUAUACCUAUUGUUAAUCAGUACAAAUAUCUUGGAAUCAAUAUAGAUGGUAACGGAACAAUAGCUCCUCACCUUAAGUUCAUAGAACAAAGAUGGAAAUAUUUAUAAAAAGCUUUAUACUUUAUAAGAGACUUAACAUUUAAAAACUAGGCUUUAAUGUGGAGCACCUUUGUCAAGCCCUAUUUUUAAUAUAGUUUAUGUAUAAUAAACACAUAGAAGUAAAAUAUUAAAAAAUAAUUUUUUAGCAAUUGGAGAAGUAGUAUCAAAAAGAUACUUAAAUUACCAUAAUCUACAUCUAACUAAAUAAUAGAUUAGAUCUUCGGUGAUUUAUAAAUUUUGGCUUAAAACUCAGAAAAUUCAAUUAAAUAUAAGAUCAAUCUAAGAGCAGGAGAAUAAAUAUACUCAGUAUAAAAUCAGAUUUAGAAUUUAGCUGGUUAAAUUGAUAUCAAAUUGAUACCUGAAAAUUUUAAAAAUUUAUUUUACCAGUACGGUUAUUAAUGCAAAUGCUGCAACAAAAAUCUUCAUUUUUUAUAAGUGUUAAAGCAUAAAAAAGUGGAAGUAAAUAAUAUUUUGAAUAUGUUUAAAUAUGAUGAGAGUAAACCAAAAUUAAAUAAUUAGCAAAUUGAAAAUAAAGUAUAAAGAAACUAUGAAUUUAUAAAUGAAUUGCUGGAAAAUAUUAAAUUAAUAAGAUGA